AUGCGUAGGCAAGUCCGGGCUGCCUGGAUGCGGGCCUGCAUGUCGCCUGCAUGUCGCGCAGCGCGCGCGCUGCGCGCGCUGCGCGCGUGCCUGCCGCGUGCAGCAGCGGGCGUCUGCUUUGCCGAUCGCCGGGCGCGUGCCUGUCGCAGCAGCCCGGUGCGCGUGCAGCACCCACACACCGGCGUCCCCGUCUGCGCGGGCGCCGCAAAAGAAAACGGCUUCAGCCCCUGCCGGGAGAGGCCCCGUCGCCUGCCCCCAUUCCGAUCGGCUUUCCCUGCCCAGCUCCCCGCCCAGCUCCCCGCCCAGCUCCCCGCCCAGCUCCCCGCCUGUCCCAUGCCCAACGCCCCCGCCUCGACCUUGCUGCCCCACGCGCUCGCCCACUUCCCGCCGGAGCUGCCGCUGGGCUCCGAUUCUCUGCUCCGCACCGUGGUCACCAUCGACCAGCACGGGCCGACCUUGCACAGCCCCGCGCACGCCACGCAUCGCGCGGACGCCGAGCCGUGGCUCGCGUCCGCGCUGGACCUGGUCGCCGCGAAUCUGGGCUCCACCUACGCCCGGGUCUCGCGCCAGCUGUACGGCAACAACCGCGCUUGGCGCGCCAACAAACGCGACGAAAUGCGCACGCCGGGACUCGUCUACGUGUUUUACAGCCAGAUGGCGUCACCUUCGGCGCUGGCAUUGUUUCUGUCGUUUCUCGUCACGGACGAGCCCGACCUCGCGCCCGAGACCGUCCCGCCGCAGGUGCUCUACCUCUACGAGAUCCACGUCGCGCCCAGACACCAGGGCAGGGGCCUGGGCCUGCGCAUGCUCUCGCAAUGCGUAUUCCCAACGGCGCGCGCGUCGCGCGUCGCGGGAGUUGAGCUCACCGUGUUCUCAAACAACCAGCCAGCGCUGCGCCUGUAUCAAAGGGCAGGCAUGCGGCUUGCUGCGUGGUCGCCGCAGGACCGCGUUGUGUCUGCUCAGCGGCGCCGCACCCGCGCCAUGCAGUACGCGCAGGAGGCACGCGUCCGCCCCGACUACUACUUGUUUUUCUGGGGCUGCUCCCCCGACACGGACCGCGUCGUCAUCGGAACUGGUCCGCUUACGAGAGCCGAGCCCCGCCAAGCUUGA